AACUCAGUUUUCAUUGGAGCGGAGAAAGUUCGUGGGCGGAACGGGUUGUUUGGCGCCUGCGUCGCGCGGCUAGCUGCCUGGCUAGCGGCGGCUUUCCUGGCGGGAGCGGUUGCAACGCCCGUGCUUCAGGAGCGAUGCCGAGGGAGAUCAUCACCCUACAAUUGGGCCAGUGCGGCAAUCAGAUUGGGUUCGAGUUCUGGAAACAGCUGUGCGCCGAGCAUGGUAUCAGCCCCGAGGGCAUCGUGGAGGAGUUCGCCACCGAGGGCACUGACCGCAAGGACGUCUUUUUCUAUCAGGCAGACGAUGAGCACUACAUCCCUAGGGCUGUGCUGCUGGACCUGGAGCCCCGGGUGAUCCACUCCAUCCUCAAUUCCCCCUAUGCCAAGCUCUACAACCCAGAGAACAUCUACCUGUCAGAGCAUGGAGGAGGAGCUGGCAACAACUGGGCCAGCGGAUUCUCCCAGGGAGAGAAGAUCCAUGAAGACAUUUUUGACAUCAUAGACCGGGAGGCAGAUGGCAGUGACAGUCUAGAGGGCUUUGUGCUGUGUCACUCCAUCGCUGGGGGAACAGGCUCUGGCCUGGGCUCCUACCUCUUAGAACGGCUCAAUGACAGGUACCCCAAGAAGCUGGUGCAGACUUACUCAGUGUUUCCCAACCAGGAUGAAAUGAGUGAUGUGGUAGUCCAGCCUUACAACUCACUGCUCACACUCAAGAGGCUGACUCAGAACGCAGACUGUGUGGUGGUGCUGGACAACACAGCCCUGAACCGGAUCGCUACAGACCGCCUGCACAUCCAGAACCCAUCCUUCUCCCAGAUCAACCAACUGGUGAGCCCCCACUCCUGGACUCAUUUGGACUGGAACCCCUCCUUGCCAGAUUCUGCUCACCCUAAGCUCUUUGAGCGGACCUGUCGCCAGUAUGACAAGCUGCGGAAGCGGGAGGCCUUCCUGGAGCAGUUCCGCAAGGAGGACAUCUUCAGGGAGAACUUUGACGAGCUGGACACAUCUAGGGAGAUUGUGCAGCAGCUCAUUGAUGAAUACCACGCAGCCACGCGGCCAGACUACAUCUCUUGGGGCACCCAGGAACAGUGAGUCCCCCAGGACAGGGACCCUCAUCUGCCUUACUGGUUGUCCCAGGUCCUGCCUGACUACCCACUCAGAGUACAGAUCAGGGACCUCAUACCUCUUUCUUAUAAACACACACACAGUAGUCUCUUUUGUCCUGGGGACACAUUUACUUCUCUUAUGAGACUAUUUAUGUUUAAUAAAGCACUGGAUAUAAAUCAA